UUGGCUGUAAGUCAAGUGAACGGUGAUGUGGAUUCUACGGGAACUGAUUUCUUGACAAUAUUUCCAUGGAACAACAACGAUGUAGAUCAUUUUCCAGUUGUAGCAGCAAUAGAUUUCAUCAAUUCCGAUGAAACAACAACUGCAACAGUGGACAUAAGCUACAGCGUAUAUGCAAUUUCCGGUGAUGAUAUUACCACAACAAUAAAAACUAAACGUAUAACUGUAGGAAAAAAAUCGAAAGAAACAUUCGCAUUUGGCAGCGAUUCUGUAUACCAGUACCUGGCUCAAGGUCUUAACCUGGACUACCCAAGCACAAAAAUUUUUGUCCAUUCUAGCAGUCCCAUUUCUGUUUUCGCUCAUACCUAUACAGCUGAAGGAAUUGGAGAUACUUUUGCAGUUUUACCCACUGCAAUGGCUUCAAAAGAGUACUCAUUUUCACUUCCUAAACAUCAAAGUGCUAAAGCUCUUGGAAUGAUCUAUCUGCUUCCAACUGUAGCAGAUGCAAGGAUUUCAUUAACGCUUAUAACCGCAACAAAGACCAGAGAUUAUUCUGUUACGGUACCGGCCGGUUUGACAGACAACGUAGCGAUGUUUGGUACUCCACCAAAGGACUUUUCGCUGUAUGCAACCAGUGAUCAACCAUUCCUAAUUGUUGCUGCAAUUAGGAUGUUACCAGCGUCAAAUGCCAAAUACGAGUUUGGUUGCUUUAUGCCAAUUCCACUGACAAGCAAAAAUUGUGCCGAGGAAUCAGUGAACGAUUUUCACAUAACAGAUCUUUCGUCUGCUUCAUACUUCACAGUAACAUCGCCUGGUUCUGGCUGUUCCAGAUUCCAAGUAGAACUUAGCUCAGAAAAAAGAAACAGUAAUUUAACUAUUGAACCAGGCAAAAGUCAGGAGCCUUUCUACUUUGCAAAAGGAUUACAUGGCGAUGUGGCAGCUUUUCGUUCUCGAAACGCAUUGGUAGAGAUGGUUCGUUACGGCGGCUUUAGCGUCUCUGGAAGUGGUGCUUUUCUGGACAACUUACCAUCAGUGAAUCAAUUUGUCACUGGAGUAACACCGUAUUUGUCAUUUAGAAUAGAUGAUUCACUUACGAUUUUCGGCGAUCAGGCAACUUCAAAUACAGCCAAAAACGACGGUACUGCGGUAACCGGCUGGAAACAAAUAAAAUUCUUUGACAGAUCUUUUUACUACACUACUUUGGUGGUCUCAAGCGGUGUUCACUUCUUCAGUUCUUCGGGCCAAUACAUCCUUCAUGUCAGCGGCUUAUCCAGCAAUUAUUCUCAAGGAUUUACGCCGAGAUUUGUAUGGAAAGGUACGGCUGCUCCGACACCAAUCCCACCUUCACCAAGCGGACAAACGGCGACACCGACGCGGGUAACACCAACCGGUCAAUCGGUGACGCCAACCGGGGUGACACCAACCGGUCAAUCGGUGACACCAACCGGUCAAUCGGUGAGACCGUCAGGUUCACCUACAACAGUUGUAACCCCACCAAAAAGCGGCAGUAAUGCUGCAGAAGCUUUUGUUGGUCUAAUUGCUAUGGCACUCUAUUUUGCUUUAAUAAUUUAA